GGACAGGAUGUUAAGUUGAUCAUCUAUAAAUAAGAGGUUUAAAAUCAUCGCCAGCGCAAAUCGAAGACAUCUAUGCCAGACGGCAUUUGUCAAGUUUCAAAACAUAAUAAAGUGAAAAGUGUCAUGAAGUUGCUUAUCAUUUUGCCAUUGGCUUUUGCGACCGCAGUUGCUCAACGGGGAUUUGGGGGUUUUAGUAGUUUUGGGCGCCCCGGGAAGAUCGUUGAUAGCUUCGCCGGUGGUCUCGAAGAUGGUAAGGUGGGUUAUUCCGCAGCUGAUCUUACAAGCGACCUAAAUGAAGGCCUAGGUGAAACCGCAAAUAUUCUAUCCAGCAUUCCGAAAAUACCAAACAUUGACAAUCUUCCACUUCCGGGCACGAUUACGGACUUUGCCGAUUUUAUUGCCAAAACUGGGAAGAAAUAUGCAUCAGAGGCCGAACAACAUCUUCGCGAGGGUAUUUUCAAAACUAAUCAACUUCUUGCUGAUACUCACAAUGAACUAUUCAAAGCCGGCAAAAGCGCUUUCGAGAUGGGGUUGAAUUUCUUGUCAGAUUUGAAACCGGAGGAGUUUUUGGCAGGUUUGAUGGGACGAAAGAGGAAUCCUAAGGGAGAAGCCAUGUUGAAAAACAGGCAAUCAGCGCCACCCCUAUCAGCGAUUGUACCAGACUCCUUUGAUUGGCGCGAGAAGGGAGCAGUAACCCCAGUUAAAUUUCAAGGAUUAACAUGCAAUUCUUGUUGGUCGUUUGCCGUUACUGGUUCAAUUGAAGGACACAUUUUCCGUAAAACAAACAAACUCAUUAGCUUGUCAGAGCAGAAUUUAAUUGAUUGUUCCGCCAAGAACGGAAACACCGGUUGCGGUGGUGGUUACCACGACUACGCUUACGAGUAUAUUAUUGCAAACCAGGGAAUCAGCAAAACUGAGCCUUAUCCUUACCUCGAGAAACAACAAGAAAAAUGCCAUUACCAAGAAGCUGAUCGAGGGGCCGAGAUUUCUGCAUAUUAUGACAUUCCACAUGGCAAUGAAACCUACAUCAAGAUAGUUGUCGCGACAUUAGGACCCGUAGCCGCUUCAGUGAAUGCUGACCUAGAUACCUUCAAAUUGUAUAAACAAGGAAUUUACGAAGAUGACAAUUGUAAAAGUGAGAAAGUGACCCAUGAGAUCCUGAUCGUUGGGUAUGGUUCGGAAAAGGGUAAAGACUAUUGGAUUAUUAAGAACUCCUGGACAGAUAAGUGGGGUGACAAUGGUUACAUGAAAAUACUACGUAAUAAAAACCUUUGUGGAAUUGCUUCUGAGGGUAGUUAUCCUGUAGUUUAAAUAGGGGAGAUAGGGGCAUGUACUAACAGUUUUUACCUUUUUAUUAACUUACUGAAAAUGUAUCUAUAUAGGUAGAGAUUUCUUUUUUUUCAUCUAACGUAGCGCUAACAACCGAAACAUGAUUUUUGAUCAAAGAAACGCAGAUGUUUUUUUAUACUUUAAACAGUAAAAAAUCUUUUUCUUACAAAAGUGUCUUUCUUAAUGGUUACCCUAAGUGUGGAGGGAGUUUUAACGUCCUAAGGAUAAGUUUUGAUAACUUUUGUUUAACGCUAGAAAUCGAAUAUGGAUAUUUUGUAAACACGAGUGCAAAAUAAAACUAAUCAACGUA